GGCACCAAGGUCAGACACAGAGACGCAAACGGGAAUCAAUGAAAUGGGGGAUCCUGAAGUUGAUCCCAAAAGAUUAAUAUCUCUUUGGGCAAAACAUUUUAAAGAAGGCACAGAUUUUGAUCUCUGGGGACAACCGCUAGAAGCAAUUGAAGUAUAUAGGAAGCUUUCACAUGAACUAAAAGCACAGGCUGACCCAGACAGUGAGGUCUUCUCUGAUGAACAAAAGAAAGUAAUUGGAAAAAUUGCAGCAUGUUUGGAUGUGCGAUGUGAGGCCUUACAGCAUCUUGGCACAGUAGAUGGGAUAUCUAUAAAAGAUCUAAAGAAAGUUGAACCAUGGUUAAAGAACCUUUUUGUGUCAAAAGCCAAGGAAUUUCCAAUAGACGUGAGAGCAGUUCAAGCACAAGUUGAUGCUCAGUCACCAAGAAGGUCUGAAACAGGCAGCACUCCCACAGAAGAGUAUGAAGAAGAGGAAGAAGUGGUUGACUCUAAAACACGUGGCAAUCUUCUCCCCAAGCCAAGACCCAUGCAAGGCCAGACAGCAGUUACAAUACGCAUAGAGAAGAUUGGUAUAAAAGAUGCCUCCCAAUAUAUUGAUUCCUAUAUCACUGUAUCAGUAAAAGAUUUAGGUGGAAGAGAUCUUAUGGCAUCACAAGAGACUCCAACUGCCAGAUGGAAAGAAAACCAGUACAUAUACUUUGGAGUUGAUGUUUAUUUACAAAAACCUAUUGAAAUUCUAUCUCCUGACUUUGCUGUGUUCUUUGAAUUCAAACACUAUAAGCCCAAGAAAAAGCAAGUGAGUACCAAGUGCUGGGCCUUUCUUGAGAAGGAUGAAAUCAAAGAUGGAGCAGCAGUCAUUGAACUCUACAAGAAACCCACAGAUUUCAAAAGAAAAAAUAUAAAACUGCUGACUGUCAAACCUUUAUAUCUACAUUUAAAAUUGUCCUUAAACUGAGCAUAAGAAAUGGAAAAUAAGUGGCAAUUUUUGAUUGGGACAGUGUGUUGAUUCCACAGCAUGGAGCUGAACAUAAUCAUUCACUCAUUGUCUCCAACCAAACUCUCAGAUCAUGUAUGAAACAAGGGUAAAUAUUACUGGAGAACAUAGUCAAGUUGCAGUAUAAUAUCUUUAUGGUAUUAUAAAUUCCAAUAAAAUACUUAUUGUUGAUAUAAAACUACAGGUUAUACAUGAUUGUUUAAGUGAAAAGAGUAAAAUAUCUCAUAUCGUGAAAACCAAUAUCUGUUGAUCGUUGUUAGUCACCAUUUUUGGUGUCACACUUUUGAUUUUAAAAGAAAAUGUUGCAAUAUUUGUAACAUCUGUUGAUUAUUUUGUAUGGUUUUUGUGGACCAUUUAUUAGUACAUGUAGUUAUGAUACUACGCAGCUGAUGUGUGUUUGCCAUUUUAGGGUAUUUAAUCACAUCUUACUUGUAUUUUGCCUAGGUGACCCUAAUUUUAAAAUAACCAUUGAGAUAGCUUAAUGCCUGAAAGUCCAAAUACAAAAGUUGUUUGCUACGCAAAGAUAAUGAUAAUGGAUAAUUAAUGGAGAAAAUAAAUAAUAAUAAAUAAACAAAUGAAUAAAUAAAUAAACACCCUUUGGCUGGUGCAUUAAAUUGCCCUUCACUGUUGUGAGGAAAAAGUAGGCACCUCAAAUCGCUAGUGUCUGCAUUAUUUUAAAAAAUGACACCAAAGUUAAGUGUUGCCAAGAGCAUUACUAAAUUCAGUAAGUAUAGAUGGGUUCCAUUUGCAGGUGGAUAUAACAAAACUAAGAAGUGGAUAAGAACAAUUAGUUUUUUUUUUCUUUGUUUAGUGGUCAAAUGAUGAAAACAAGUUAUAAGUUGUGUGUUGUAGCUAAUCAUCAAGUAAAACUGCCUCAUUUUUAUUGAAGACUGAGUUCAGUAUCAUUUAGAUUAAGUGCAUAUUAGGUAAAUAAUGUGUAUUGCCAUUGUUUAUAUAUAUAAAUAUUUUUCUACUAUGGUCACAUUUUUCUCAGUGCUGUGGAAAGGGACCAAGGCCUACUGUAUUUGGAAAUCAUAAUGUUGUAUAAUCAGUAUAUGUAUUAUUUCAACCAUACAAGACCAUUUCUAUUUUAAGACAAUCAUUUAAAAACUGUUUCCAUGUCCACCGUCCAAAGGCAACUUUUUUAUUGUGUUCUUAUAGAGCACAAACAUUCUGAAUGGUGUUUACAGUUAUCAGUUUAAAGUGACUAGAAUCUAAACAUUUAGUGUACAAUUUGUAAUUGCUGUUAUUUUGUUUUAAAACAUUUAAAUUUGACACAAAAUGAUUAAGGUGAUGGUCAUUUUAAUGACCAUUUAAAGAUGGGAAUUUUACCUUACUCUCUGAAAUCAAAGUGCAAGUAAAAUGUUUAAGUAAUGUUUAUUUUUGCUUCCUUAUGGAAAUGGAUAUAAAAGUUUUUUUAUACCUUGUUUAUGUCUUUCG